GCCGCCGGUCUGGUCUGGGCCCUUGGGAUGAAGAUUGCCAUUGAGGAGAUCAACAACUCCACCACACUGCUGCCGGGGAUCCGUCUUGGCUAUGAUAUCUACGACACCUGCAUGGAACCGGUGGUCACCCUCCAGCCCAGCCUGCUCUUCCUGUCCAGAGCAGGCACAAACAGCAUCGGGAUCCUUUGCAACUACACGGACUACCAGACCCGGGUGAUGGCUGUCAUCGGGCCUCACGACUCAAAGCUCUCUGCGGUGACAGCCAAGCUGUUCGGCUUCUUCCUGAUCCCGCAGGUCAGCUAUGGAGCCACCAUGGAGACCCUGAACAAUGAGGAGCUGUAUCCCUCUUUCUUGCGGACUGUGCCCAGUGACAAGAGCCAGCUGGAAGCCAUGGUCCAGCUCCUGCAGGCUUUCAAGUGGAAUUGGAUCGCGGUCAUUGGCAGUGACGAUGAAUAUGGCCGUGGAGGCCUCAGCCUCUUGUCAACCAUGGUGGCCAGCAAAGAGAUCUGCAUCGCCUUCGAGGGGCUGAUCCCAGCCGACGUGUCCAACCCGAGCCUCCAAGUGAAGCUGAGGCAGACGAUCCAGUCGAUCAACGAGAGCAAAGUCAACGUCAUCGUCCUCUUCGCCAGCGACCGGCCUGUCCGGGCUUUCUUCAAGCUGUGCUUGGAACUGGAGCUGAGCCAGAAGGUGUGGUUGGCCACGGAAGCCUGGGUGAUGUCCGAUGUGGUCACCUCUGUGGACAAGAUCCAAGCCGUCGGGACAGUCAUCGGCUUCGUCAUAAAGGGGGGGACAAUCCCCGGCUUCGAGGAGUACGUCUACAGACUUUUAGAGCUGACCCAAGAGGACAGCUUCUGCAAUGCAUCCCAGGAGGAAGUGGACAAGAUGGGUUCGGAUGUCCUGGGACCGCAAUGCCUGCAAUGCAACUACGUCUCUCGCCGAAACAUCACCGCAGUGCUCAAGCACCGGCAGACGUAUGCUGUCUACACCGCAGUGUACAGUGUGGCUCACGCACUCCAUAACUUGUUGUGCUCCCAGAGAGGGAUGUGUCAUAAGGGUAACAUCAAAUCUUGGCAGCUGCUGGACAAACUGAAAGACCUCCGUUUCAACAUCUCCAACCAGUUGCUUCACUUUGAAGAGUACCGCAGCAUCAACCUCGGCUACGAGGUUAUUGGCUGGAGGUGGCAGGACAGUAGGAUUGAGCACAUCAGCCUCGGGAACUUCAACACAAAACUGAACAUCAAUACAUCCUUGGUCCAGUUUCACACAGAGGAUGGAAAGGCACCCAUCUCUGAGUGCCUUACGACAUGUCAGCCUGGGCAGAUCCGUCGAAUGAAGGGGUUCCACCUCUGCUGCUAUGACUGCAUUGACUGCGAGAGGGGCACUUACUGCAGUUCUCCAGAGGACUCAACCUGCACCGCCUGCCCCAAGGAACAGUGGUCCCCUAGACGCAGCACACGAUGCUACGACCGCAGCGAAAAGUAUUUGUUCUGGUCCGAGCCUCUGGCCAUCAUCUUGGUAGCCUUGCUGAUAUUGGCAGUGACUCUCACCUGCCUCUCGGGGUCCCUGUUUCUGAGGAACCUCCACACCCCCGUGGUGCAGGCCGCUGGGGGAGCCAUGUGCCUCGUGGGCCUCCUCUGCCUGGCCCUGAUGUGCCUCAGCUGCGGCCUCUACAUCGGCAAGCCCAGCCCGACCAUCUGCCUGAUGCAGCAGCCGUCCUUCGCCUUGUGCCUCAACCCUUGCUUCUCCACCAUCACGGCCAAGGCCCUCCAAAUCAUGCUGGUGAAUGACUUUGCAAGCAGCCGCCGCGGUUUCCUGCACAACCUGAUCCAGAGGCAGCCGUGGGCCAUCGUGGCAUUGUGCUUUCUGGGUGAAAGCGCCCUCUGCUUUGGGUACAUCUAUGGCAACCCGCCCACUCUGGGCAAGAACUACAAACUCUUGCCCACCCAAGUCCUCAUCCAGUGCAGGAUAAAGUCCUGGGCGGGCUUCACCAUUGUGCACGGGAACAACAGCCUCCUGGCCUUCACCUCGUUCCUCUGCACCUUCAUGGUGCAGACGUCUCCCAAGAAGUACAACAUCGCCCGCAGCAUCACCUUCGCCAUGCUCGCUUACUUCAUCGCCUUGAUCUUCUUCAUCCCCACCUACGCCACCGUGGGGCUAGAGUACCAGCCCGCCGUGCAGGUGAGUGCCAUGCUCAUGUGCGCUAUAGGGCUGCUCAUGGCUUAUUACCUCCCCAAGUGCUACAUCCUGCAUUUCAAGCCGGACUGGAACACGGUGGACUAUUUUCAAGAUUAUGCCAAAGAGGCGACGCGGGAAAACAACCCCCAAAAUUAG